GAGCGAGUUUCCUUCCUGUCGGUGGGAAUCGAAAGAGAUCGUUCGUCUAACGACAACAUUUCAGUGCGGUUAACCGGCUAUGGGGACCCGUGACGACGAAUACGAUUAUUUAUUUAAAGGUGUCAUCUAAAGAAAAUGAAUGCUGACUACAUUGGAAUGGAUACAUGGUGCUUAUCGGCGACUCAGGAGUGGGAAAGAGUAAUCUUUUAUCCCGCUUUACUCGGAAUGAGUUCAACCUGGAGAGCAAAAGCACCAUCGGUGUGGAAUUUGCUACCCGCAGCAUCCAAGUGGAUGGCAAGACCAUAAAAGCUCAGAUCUGGGAUACAGCAGGACAGGAACGCUACAGAGCCAUCACAUCAGCGUACUACCGGGGUGCAGUUGGUGCUCUUCUGGUCUAUGACAUUGCUAAACAUUUGACCUAUGAAAAUGUCGAACGCUGGCUGAAGGAGCUGCGGGAUCACGCGGAUAACAACAUCGUCAUCAUGCUGGUGGGAAACAAGAGCGAUCUGAGGCACCUUAGGGCUGUUCCUACCGAUGAGGCCAGAGCUUUCGCAGAGAAGAACAAUCUGUCUUUUAUUGAAACGUCAGCUUUGGACUCCACAAAUGUUGAAGAGGCUUUUAAAAAUAUACUCACAGAAAUCUACCGGAUUGUAUCGCAAAAGCAAAUCGCUGACAGAUCGGUGCACGACGAAUCUCCCGGCAACAACGUAGUGGACAUCAGCGUGCCGCCCACUACCGACGGGUUAAAGGGCAACAAAUUUCAGUGCUGUCAGAAUCUGUGACCCCUCCACCCCAACUUGCACCCCCAGUCUUGGGGUAUCUCUUCGGUUCCCCCAUAUUUAUCACAGCUUUGCUCCUGUGUGUUGUGCUAUGGCUACAGCUCUUUCGUCUGUCUUUUUUUGUCAUUGUGAUUUCCAGACAUAUCAUAGACGGCCCUUAAAAGCGUGAAUUUUUAGGUAACAUUCCUUUUUCUUUUUAUGAAGGGGGGUUACUUGUUAGUUUGUCUGUCGUUUUAUUUCUUUACUAUAAUCCACCGUCUGAAUUCAAUCGCUCGGCAAAACGUCUUCUUUCGGAAGUGAUCAUUUUGGGCGCUGAUCGUGUGAUCCGCUCCCGUGCAAAAGGGAUGGUGAGGGAUCAGUGUGUCAUCGGCUUCCGAUCUCUCUCUCAUGGUUGUUCUCUGGGGUCCACACUAAACGCCUGUCGUCUGUUGAGUCAGAUCCCAGAGGGAGGGCCUCUGACUUGGGCUUGAUGUUCUGCAGAAUAUGCUAGCUGGCGAAUUUAUCUCGUCUGGAUCGUGCAGAUACCAAAGGAGGGCUGCUAUCUUUAUGUCAGAUAGUUAAACACUUCCUGCUUUACACCCUCUGCCCUUCUUCAAUAUUUUAUGGCUGAGGGUGUGAACGUGUGCAGUUUGAUUAGUGCGUUCAGAUUGCCACAUAUAACCGUUAUGAGAAUGCAUCUCUUAAGCAUUUCAUGAAAAACACAAAUUAUUCAAAUAACAGUUGUGUAAUCAAACUAUUCAUCGCAUUGCUGAGGUAUUAUAGCUCUUCAAUGAAGACAUGCAGUGUUUUAGGUGGUUAAAUGUCUCACUGGUCUGUAAUAAUCAAUAUAUAUUUGGCUGUUUUGACUUUGUGAUAAAUUGUACGGAUAGUUCGGAAAUGCCUUAUUGUUUUCCCAUACUGUGAUUAAGAUGCCUUUUUCGAGUGUGGUCAUGUCAUUUCACAUCCAUAAAGUCACAACAGCUGUUUUGCCUUUAAUCAGGUUACAUGAAAAUGGAAAAUAAACCAAAUUACUGUCACAAUUGGAACAAUGAGUCUUUUUUUGUCAUCUUUUUCGAUAUAUUACACAUAAUGUUAUGUCACAGGAAGUCUAAAUCUGUACUAUGAAUAAGUGUCAUGCGUUCCAUUGUUGGCAUGACUCAUCGGCACUGCUCGGUAUUUUCACAUGUAUUUUUGUGUGUGUUGACUUUAAGUUGAACUCUAUUACCAACAUUUGUGAUGUGCUAUUGUUUUUUUGUUUUUUUUAACAAAUGCAGUUAUGCUGAAAGUCAACGGGGCAACCGUUGUAGUCUUGCCACAUAGCAUUGUAUUUUGCAUUGUAAGUGCAUAACUGUCUUUGUUGUUUGUUUUACUAACCCAGUACUUUCAGAAUUGCUUUAUUUGGUAAUAAACCACAUCUCACAGA